GAAAUCAAAUCACGUUUUCCAUUUCGUAGUUGUUAACGACAAUUGACUGUUGCAAAUCUCCUUAAUUUUGCUAGCCUUUUUAGCCAUAAAUUUUAGAAAACGAUAUGAAAAUCGAUCAAGAUUUGAUCGAGGAAUUCGAUAAAAAUGGUGCCGUGUGUCUUAGAGGAGUAUUCGAAGAAAAGUGGAUUGAUAUUAUCCGUAAAGGGAUUAAGAAAAACUUAAUGGAUCCUAGUUCUUACAGCGAAUUUCUGAAAGGAACAGCAGGAGAUGGAUAUUAUUUCGAUGAUUAUUGCAAUUGGAAACGAAUUCCGGAGUUCUAUGAUUAUGUAUUUAAAUCUCCGGCUGCAGCCAUUGCUGGUACUCUGGUACAGUCUAAGACUAUUGCAUUCUACCACGAGCAUGUUCUGGUAAAGGAACCUGGUACGGAUAAAGUAACGCCUUGGCAUCAUGAUCAGUCUUAUUAUCCAAUAGAUGGCGAGAAGGUAAUAAAUGAUUAUAAGUGCUACGAAUUGUAAAUAAAAACGA